UCCAAGACUCUGCUUACUGUACAUGUGUAGCUGCUGCUGCCUUUCUCAAGGAAACCAUCCAUAACGAUCCUCUUCAGAGGUUAUUAAUUUGGUUUUUACUCCUCUCCAUGAUGGCAAUGCGUUUAUUUUGGUGAUUUUUCUCCCUGCUGCUGAUGGGUAACGCUUUACUUGGCGCCCACGCAGGUCAGGCAGUUCCUCCGUCAGGUCCUGGGAUCUGGCUAUAUUCUGCUGUCAUCAUCAUAAUCUCCCGUUUUUCCUGCUCUGGGAUUAUCAUGGCUAUGAAGCAGACCAGCCUGUGACCGUCCGCUGCUCUCUGCAGGCCUCUACUUUCACAUUAUUUACUUUGGUUUUGAGUUUGGUGGCAAACAAACAGCCAAAAUGCUGAACCAGAGCGCUGUGAUGAUCUUCACUGGGAUCUGUGGGGCGAUGGUGUUCAUGGCCAUGGCCUACUAUAUCUACUGGUCCGUGGUUUUGGCUGAAGGGCCGUGUAAACGCGGCUUGUAAAGAAAAUCCACCGUGGUUGGUCGUGGUGUGUAGAGAGGAGCCCGCUCAGCCCCUCCAGGCUCCUCAGCCAUGACUCUCCUGGCCUACCUGAAGAGCCUGUUCAUCCUGCAGCUGCUGAUGGGCUUCGUGUUUGUGGUGAGCGGCCUCAUCAUAAACUUCAUUCAGCUCUGCACCUGCAUCCUCUGGCCCAUCGACAGACAGCUCUACCGCAGAAUCAACUGCAGGCUCUCCUACUCUCUGUGGAGUCAGCUGGUGAUGAUGCUGGAGUGGUGGUCGGGCACAGAAUGCACCCUAUACACCGACCAGGCUACGGUGGACAAGUUCGGCAAGGAGCAUGUCAUCAUCAUCCUCAACCACAACUUUGAAAUCGACUUUCUGUGUGGCUGGACCAUGUGUGAAAGAUACGGGGUCCUAGGGAGUUCAAAAGUGCUGGCCAAACACGAGCUACUGAAGGUCCCUCUGAUCGGCUGGACCUGGUACUUUCUAGAAAUCGUUUUCUGCAAAAGAAAGUGGGAGGAGGACAGAGAAACGGUUUUUGCAGGCUUGGACAGACUCAAAGAUUAUCCUGAAUAUAUGUGGUUUCUGCUGUACUGUGAAGGGACCCGCUUCACGGAGAAGAAACACCAAAUCAGCAUGCAGGUGGCAGAGAAUAAGGGCCUCCCCAAGCUCAAGUAUCACCUUCUACCCCGAACCAAAGGAUUCACCACCACGAUGCAAUGUCUGAAAGGCACAGUCACUGCAGUGUAUGAUGUGACGCUGAACUUCAAGGACAAUAAGAUUCCCACUCUACUGGGCAUUGUCAACGGCAAAAAAUACAAAGCUGACCUGCACGUAAAGCGGUUUUCUGUGGAGGAUAUUCCGGAUGAUGAACAGGAGUGUGCCAACUGGCUGCACAAGCUCUACCAGGAGAAAGACGCCUUACAAGAGCAGUACAGCAAGGAAGGAAAGUUCCCUGGACCCACAAUCAUCCCCCCACGCCGCCCGUGGACGCUGCUCAACUUCCUGUUCUGGGCCACCGUCCUGUUGUCGCCCCUCAUCAAAUUAGCAUGUGGCGUGGUCGUCAGCGGCUCCCCGCUCCUCAUCAUCGGUUUCAUCAUCUUACUCCUCGUCGCCUCAGUAGCUAUUCGCCGUCUCAUCGGGGUCACUGAGGUGAAGAAAACAGGCUCCAGUUACGGAGACCCGGAGGCCAAGAAAAAAGAAUAAACUGUGUGACCUCCCCGCAUCCCCACCGUGUUCGUCUCACUACCCACUCAACUCCAUCCUCCUCCUGCUGUCGGCAGGCGGGGAGGAGGCCCACCUGUGAAAACAAAACCAACACUAGAGUCAAAAAGAGAAGAAAAUCCUGCCUUCAGCAGAGGAAGAGACGAAGAUGAGAGGGUGUGGGAAUGAUGCUCUCUGGUGUAUCACAGAUUGUAAGGAGGGAGGGAGAUGCAGUACUGUAAAGCCACCAAACUCCCAAUUAAGUCCGUUAAACAAGAAUCAUAAGCCUGAGGUCACUUUCUAAAAGCCACGCCCACUUCCUGUCAGCUGUUGAUUCCUUUGAAACUCAUGCAGCGCAUCCUGAUCCACACUGAUUAAUUUCUGUUAUCCAGCGGCAGUGCUUCUUCCCAACACCAGGAUCCAUCGUUCCCCUGGUUCUGAUGGAAAUCGGUGCCUUUCGGCCCAGCCUGGCUUUCCUUUAUCAGCUCACACAAACCACUCAAAGCCUGUUUCACACAGUGCUCAGAUUUCUACAACUAAACCGCAAAAUGGCUAAAAUUAUUGAACUAAAAGCAAAAAAAUAGGAAAUAAUUCAGUGAAAAGACAAUUAGAGAUCCACCAAUCAUAACCCAACAUCCAACCUCCAGCUAAAGGUUUCCAAAAGUUUGGCAACAUUUCAAAACAAAUGUUGCUAAAAAAUAAAAAAAAAUCUCAUUUUUGUAAACGACUUAUGUUUUCUUCCUUCAGCAGCCACUUCCACACUGAAGAGUGAUGUUUCGGUGCAUCUCUAAUCAUCUGCUUCAUUGUAAUCUAUUUCAAGUUAAAUUAAUUGUUAAUUUAGUUGGAAAUUCUUUAAAAAAAUGAGUUAAAUAUAAAGUGAUAACCCUGACUUUAGUCUCUCAAAAGGGCUGGCAUCUGCUGAGCUGCAGCAAGGACUCUGAAUGUGAAAACCGAGGAAACCUGCUCUCAUUUAAAACACAAAUUUCCCAUUUUUCCUCCAUUUCUCCUACCGGACCUCAUUCCACAUUUAGGAGUGUUCGUUUUCUCUCCCACAUGUAAGGCGGACGACCUCCGACCUCCUACGCGUGCCGUUUCGACCUCCUUCUCCCUUGACACCGAAACGCAGCUCACAGUGGAACAUGAAUGGCAGAAGAUUCAAGGGUCAAAGGUCACCAACUGACCUCAUGUAGCCACACAGCUGUUAGCAUAGACUGCAGUAGGAGUAUUUUUAACCUUUGCCUUAAAUCAAGCUUGCUCAGGCAAGGGAUUGCUUAUUUACCUCCCUUUGAAACGCAUAACGCCACUUUUGUUAUGUUUUAAAUCUUCACCCUUCAUUCCUGUCAUUACAAUAAUGCAUGGUGGAGUAGGAAGAGUUAAUUAGCAAAAUGACUGAAUCAUUUAAACCGUGGACUAAUAGGAAGAUGUUAAUUGAAGGGAUUUUUAUUUUUGGGAGGGUUUGUUUUGAAGGGGGAAAAAUCACUUUAAAUGUUCACAGUGGACAAAAAAGGAAUUAUUUGUUUUGUUUAGGAAUAAAAAAAAAAUCUGUAAGAGAAUAUAAAUUGCUUUAUUUGAUUAAAUGACUUAUAGGAAGUUGUUUUUUGUUGCAUCAGACCCACUUUUUUAAAUCUGAGCUGUUUUUUAUAUAGAAAACUCUUUUGUUAUCCACUUUAAAUAAUUUCAGAUGAUUUCUAGGAAGCUUUUUGGUUGUGUUUGAAUAAAAAUCACUGUUGAAUACAUUAUAGGAAGAUUUUGAUUUCUUGAAUAUAAAAUUGCACGCAGGUUUCCACAUUUUGAAAGCAAAGUAUCAUUAUUUUUGUCCAGUUCUUUUUUCCGUAGUCGUCAAUAAACAGAUUUCGUGCAAGCCUUUUUAGCAUCAAGGGCCGAAAGAACCACACAAUUUAAGAAAUAAAUGGAUCCUAAAUCAGCAUUUAUACAUGUGAGCAUUUAAAUUCAUUUGGAAUUGUGUGCAAAUUAAUAAAUAGAUGGAUACAUUUGGAAUAUUCAUCUGGAAUGUAUUUCAAUCAUUUGUACAAUGUAAUUCAAUGUGAAAAACAUUAAAUGUAAUUUGAAUUUCUAUUGAAAAUAUUCUUUGUUAAACAUGCAGUUGGUAAAUGUUGAAAACAUUUCAAAUUUUUUACAAAGGCAUUCAAAUUUCAGUUAGUUUUUCACCAAUCUGAAAUAUUGGAUACAUAAAUUUUUAUCUACAUUAUCACAUCUAAUGUUUAUAGACCGCUGUAUUUAUUUAAUUUAGGCCCUUAAUAAAUUAGUGCUGCUUGAUUAUUAUUAGUAUUUAUAUUUUAGAAGUUAAUUCAUGUCAAAUUGGAAAAUGUAAGACAUUUUUAUCUGGUAAAGUUGCAGUUUCCUUCGAUUCAGAUUUUUUUAUGCCACUUUUAAGGGUCUUAUAUUUCUUUCUAUUAUAGCCAGAACUGAUACAAAUUUUCCCAACAAUUUCUGUCACACUUGAAAAACAAAUUCAGGUUUCUGGGGGGAAAAAAAAAGUCUAAAAUGUUUGUUUUAUUCUGUUCUUUAAUUUCUAAUUAAAAAAUUAAAGCCCAGCUAUAAACAUUUCACAUUUGAAAAACCUCCAGUUCUUCCCGUUAGUUGCACCUCUUGCAUCAGUUGUUUGGUUAGUUUUUUGUUUUUUUUCUACAGCUUUGGAUUUUGUUUUCUUCCUUUUAAACACUUGAGAUUAUUAAAGGUUUUAAUCACAAA